CUUUGGACUCUGAUAGGUCUCAGCUUGAGGUAAUGAGAGCUCAGCUGUAGAGAUGUUUGGAGGGCCACCAUCACCCGAGGGAUAUCUGGAGGGCCAGCUGUUUGGGGGGAGACACCAGAGCGGAAAUGGAAAGCAGUACCAGCCGUGAAAACAAUAAGGGGGGACAACAAGACUGAGACCAAGGAGAUUGAGAGAAAGAGGGAAAAAUAGAAGGAGAGAAUUAGAAAGAGAGUGAGGAAAGCUUGGGCUAAAGCUAGGACUGAACACAAAAAGGUCAGAAAAGGACUUAAGUAAAGGAGAAGUGGAAAAGAGGUUGUUACGACAAGGAGCAGAACAACAAAGCAGGAUCAGGAAAGUAGAAAAGUAAGGUUUGAAGGAGAUAUAAAGUGUUAGUUGUGUCUGAAAGGAUGAAGUUGGGUGAGAAGAAGGCGGCAUUGCUGGCCACCACAGAGAACAUUGAGAUGGAGCUGUUCUCUUCAGAGGAGCCCUGCCUGGUGAUAACAACACAGGAGGGGGAGAAGGAGGAAGAACACAGCUUUCACCAGGGACACCCGGAGCAUCCUCUGGCCCUUGACUGUGAGGAGGAACCAGAGCCUGAGGUCCAGACCCAACCCAGGCAGCAGGCCAAGCCCAAAUCAGAGCCCCCCGCAAGGGAAGAGACUGAGCACAGGCCUCCUGCCCCAGGCUUCACGGAGGAAAUAGAGAUAGAAAUGGAGGUGUUUCCUCCCCUCAGAGCGUCUGAGAUUGAGCUAGUGGAGAUAAAGUCGGACGACCCUUCCAUCAUGACCCCGCCAUCGCCAAACAAAAUUAGUCGUGUCAAAUGGAAGAGAGUGAUUCCGCAGAAAACUGGACUGGUGGUCAAAGAUGUGGUCUGUCUACCAAGGGGACACUACCUGGCACAGCUGGAGAGACAUGUCAUGCCACAAGGCAAAGGACAAGCAUCUCUAGUGGCCAUGGGAAUGGCUGCUCGUAUCACCAUUGACUACAGUUGGUCAGCGAAUCAGAUGGAGAGUCGGUUGGCGACGCUCUUCAGGGGGCAGUUUGUGAAACGGGCAGAACAAAGGUUCUCCUUCACAUAUCUACAGUGCGUGCAGGGCUCCAGCGUGCUGUUUGUCCCAGACACCCCUGCAGAGGGCUGGACCGGAGAGCAGGCUCUCAGGAUCUCUGGACACGGCCCUUUGUAUAUCUUCACCCACCAGGAAUACCCAGAGCAGGCAGAGUCUGAGAGUUCAGCAAGCGAGGCACCCGUGGUGAACAGGAAGGAGUUCUGUCUUGAGGCCAGCACAGAGAGCUGCCAAGAUGAAGACAAUGAGCGGGGCAGACAGACCGAGCCUCGUGUUCGCAGGACCACAGAGGAGUUCACACUCGACCUGGACACCGUCCUGAGACUGUUCAGGCAGGAGAACAUGGAUCGAGACGUGGAAACCCGCAUCCAUGUGAGGAGGAGAGACCUGCUCCACAGCGCUCUGAAGGUGGUGAGGAGGCCGGGUUUCUGUUUCAGGACGACGCCCGUCAUCUCCUUCAGCGGAGAGGAGACCGACGGCCACGAGGGGCCUCUCAGAGAGUUCUUCAGGUUGACUCUUCUCGAGCUGCAGCAAAGUUCUGUCUUCGAGGGUCAACCGGGACGCUUGUUUCUGACCUAUGACCUCACGGCUCUUGAAGACGGGAAGUAUUACCAAGCAGGUGUUCUUAUUGGCUGGUCUCUGGCUCAGGGCGGGCCUGGACCUCGUUGUCUACACCCUGCACUCUACAAGUUGAUGUGUGGCUGCAGUACAUCUUUGGAAGACUUCAGCUGGAAAGAUAUUGUCGACGCCGAAGUACAGAUCCGACUGCAACAGCUGCAUAGUUGUACUGAUGUGAAGCUGCUGUCUCCCAGUCUGUGUGACUGGGUGUCGAGCUGCGGGAUCCCUGGAAUCUAUUCGGCCCGUUCUGAUGAAGUACCAGCCAUCUAUAUCCGCCUGGUCAAACACUACAUCUACCACAGGGUGGCCAGUAUGAUCUCCCAGUUCACCGAGGGGCUGAACAGCUGCGGUGGAUUGUGGGAUACGGUACAGUCCCACUGGGAGGUGUUUGUGCCAGUGAUGACGAGCGCACGGCGGGAGCCUCUGACCCUGGAAGAGUUCAAACAGCUCUUCACCGUCUGCUACAGCCAUCUAGACUCUGAGCUGAGGGCAGCUGAGGAGGCAACAGCCGGACACUGGGAAACGGUCCUCACCUUCGUCAGCAAUGGUCGGGCAGAUUUUUCCUUUGAAGACGUCCUCGCCUUCGUCACAGGAGCUGACCACCUGCCUCCUCUUGGGUUCCCCAGGUUGAUCUCCCUGCGUUUUUACUCCCAGGACGGUCUGCCCCACACCUCCACCUGUGCUCUUGAGCUCUUUCUGCCGCGGGCAGUGGCGGGGGCUGCGGAUCUGUUGGCACUGCUGAGCCGAGCCGUGCACGAGGCCCUGGGCUUUGCACGUCUCCAGACGGAGGGAGAGGCAGAGGACGGCCGCACAGAAGUGAUGACAAGUUUAGGAACUGGAAGCCCCCCUGGACACCUCAUGUCCUGCUGAAGCUGUCUUUGUGGAGCUCAGAGUUUUCUGCAGGAUAUUAACAAUGUGGCUGAGAAGAAAAGUCGCACCACAGUAUAAGUGCCGUGCUGUGAGCAGGUAGCUGCAUUAGUCGCAAUAACUCACGUGAUCUGACGAGGAAGCCUAGCCCUGUUUAUGUUUAAACCUUCAUUCAUUCAGAGUCAGUGGUAUAAUUGAAGCUGUGCACAUGCUGUAAUUUCUUUUUGUGUCAUGGAAACAAUAAUGUCUUUUAGAAAAGUAGUGGGAAAUGUUAAUUGUGAUUGUGACCGCAACAAGGGUUAGGACUUUUGGCUGCUGUGGAUAUCAGAUCAGAUACGAUGACUUGUAUUGAAGGAAAGUGAACUUCCCCCACAGAUUCAAUCUUCAAGAUGAGCCUGUCAUUCAUGUUUUGUUUUAAUCUUUUAAUAGUUAUUCCAACAAACCUAUGCACCUCCAAAAUACACACAUUUUCAUACUGCAUCACUUCUGUGUGUGGUGUGUGAUGUGUGUGUGAUG